AUGUCCACCGUACAAGGCUCGUGCCACGUCAACUCCAAAUGCGUGCUCACCGCCGCCGCUUUUGUGCUGGGCGGAGCGGCAGUCGGAUAUGCGAUCGGCUACGGGAUCGCGAAACGGUCGGCGCGUGUGAACUGCGCGCAGAAGCUGGAGUGCGACAAGGUCGUCGACACGGUCGACAUGGAAGAUAUCGGGGAUAAGAAGGUGUUUUGCCGCUGUUGGAAAUCGAAAAAGUUCCCCUACUGCGACGGGGCCCACAACAAGCACAACGUCGACACCGGCGACAACGUUGGCCCGCUGAUCGUUACCAAGGCGAAACCCCAG